AUGGCCACGCCCAAAUCCCCCUCCCCGCACGCCGACGACGACGACGCGCUCAUCAACGGGAUCCUCAACGGCGACGCGCUCGCCGGUGACGUCCCCGGCGACUUCAGUUUCGGCGACACCGUCGGCAAGGUAGCCGACGCCGUCGACUACGAGGACAUCAGCGAUGACGACCUCCUCCCCGAGGAAGAAGAGCCCGCCAACAACUCUGCCCACACCACGGCCGCCAAUGACACCCAGCUGACCGAGGAGGAUGCAGAGGGUGAUGAGCUCUUUGACCUGAUGAAUGAGGGCGAAGCUCCGCCGGCAGCUCUCGGCGAUGAGCUUGAUGAUCUGUUUGGUGAUAUGGACGCACUUGAGGACUCUGGCGGGGGCGGCGGGGGGGAGCUCGACAUGGACAUGAGCCUAGACUUCGGCAGUGUCGAUGUUGCGGACGGUGGCAGCGGCAGCGGCGGCGGUGGUGCUGGCACCUCCGGGCAGCUAUACGAUGACGAGGCAGCGAAAGCGGGGGCUGCGCUCUUCAAGGAUAUCGACUUUGGGAUGAGCCCCGGGGAGAUGAUGGAGUCAACACGAACCGAACAGGAGCUCGUGAAGCAGUACUUCCCCGACUUUGAGCCCCACAAGAUCCUCAGCUUCAACUCCCUCUUCAAGAGCAAGCCCGCAACCCUCAGCACCGUCCUCCCAAAGGCGCCCAAGGUCUGCGUCCCCACAAAGAUCAACCUCGAGAUGGCGCCCGACGACUCCGUGAUGUUCUCCAAGGGCGCGGCGGGCAUCAAGGGGUAUGUCGAGCGAGAUGACGACGAGCGACGGGCAAGGAUCGUUGUCAUACCACCGCAGAUCGAGGAGAUGGAGACAGAUGAUGAAGAGGAGGAGGAGGAGGAGAAGCCGGACCCAGAAGAGGCAAAGAAGGAUGCGUCGUUUGAGCGCGACCUGGUCCUGGCCUGCGACGAUUGGGACAGCAAGAUUGAGGCGAUUCUGGCAACGCCGCCGCCAUCGCCGCCGGCGAUGCCGAAGCGGGAUUUGGACGACGAGGAUGCGGAAAUUGAUGUGGUCGAGAUCCGGAAUGAGAAGAACCGGCCGGAGAAGCGGGUUAAGAUUGACCAGUUCCUGGACCAAUUACCGGACUCGUGGCUGGACGAGGAUGCAAUUUUUAAUGGGAACCUCACGUCCAUCUCGGCAAAGGUUACAUUGGACCUGAAUGAUCCAUAUCUUCUGGUGGACAUCCGUCAGCCCAAUGAAAUUCGGCGAACACGGAAGAUUGGUGGUGAGUUCAAGAGAAGGGUCAACAAGGACCUUACUCAGAGAUACAAUAUCAGCAACGACGAGGCCUACGAUCUACUGAAAGAGAACCACCAGAACAAGGUCAGAAGCACUAUCGGGCAGCUCAAUAUCGAGCACAGCAUGCCCGCAUUGAGAUUACAAUCACCAUAUUACAAAACCAAGCUCUCCAUCAAAGAAGCUCGCUCCUUCCACCGUCCAAGCCUCCAUUUCCAUGUCAAUCAGGAAAUGCGCUUCUCCAAGAUCAAGAGCCGCAAAAAAAAAACCUGGCGCGGCAAAGACAUUCAAACGGUUCUUGCCACAACCAAAGACAUCUCGCUCAUGGACAAUUGCAACUUCAUUCUCCUCGAGUACUCGGAGGAAUACCCCACCGUCAUGUCAAACUUUGGAAUGGGCAGCCGUCUCAUCAACUACUACCGCCGGAAGGGUCCCGACGACGAGUCACGACCAAAAUAUGAUAUUGGUGAGACCCAGGUACUAAUGAGCCAAGACAGGUCUCCGUUCUGGAAUUUUGGAACCGUAGACCCGGGAGAGACGGUUCCGACGCUGUACAACCGCAUGAGUCGUGCCCCGAUCUUUAAGCAGACACCAAAGAGCACUGACUUCCUUGUCAUUCGGAACACGCACGAUAAUCAGAGCCACUACUUCCUCCGUCCACACUCCCGUAAAGUCACAACAGCUGCCAAGAACAGGCUAAAGAUGGUUUGCUACCGUGUUGUGAAGCGGAAAGAAGGUAAAGCCAUUGCAGUCAAGGAUAUAUCUGCACAUUUCCCGGAAAACAAUGAUCUACAAAACAGACAGAAGAUCAAGGAAUUCAUGGGAUACCAAAAGAGCAGCGGUCUCUGGGAAAUGAAACCUGGCGAAAUCGUCCCUGACGAGCCCGCUAUCCGCUCCAUGGUCAAGCCUGAGGACCUCUGUCUCCUCGAGGCUAUGCAAGUCGGCGUCCGUAACCUCGCUGACGCUGGUUAUGCAAAAACUGUCGAGGAUGAAGAAGAUGAUGAUAAAGACGGUAUGAGUCUCGAGACCCAGCUCACCCCCUGGGUCUCUACAAAGAACUUCAUCAACGCUACACAAGGUAAAGCAAUGUUGCAGCUCCACGGUGAAGGCGACCCCAGUGGCCGUGGUGAGGCAUUCUCAUUUGUCAGGACCAGCAUGAAGGGAGGUUUCAAGGCUGUCGGCGAGAGUGUCGAGGAGAAGAUGGACAAAGCCCGCCUCAAGGAGCUCGGCGGGCACUCCUACAAUGUUGCCCGUCAGCAGCGUCAGUAUGAGGAAGCAAUUGACCAGAUCUGGCGCUCACAGCACAGGAGUUUAUCGUCUACUGAGCCUCCAGACCUUGAAAUCGAGGAUGCCCAGCGUGACGAGCACGUCGACGACCUCUUCGAAGAAGGAAUGACGCCCCGCAGCCAGGUUGUCACCCCCGGCGGCCCAAGCCCAUGGCUAAACCCCGACGACGAGACAAUGAGUCAGUUCUCCCGCUUCAGUGCCACCAACCAGCGCAAUAAGGUGCUCAAGAUUGUCCGCCGCGUCCGUAACGACAAAGGCGAGCUUGAGAACAAAGUCGAGCUAGUCACCGAUCCCAAAGUGAUCCGACAGUAUCUCCAGCGGCGGCGGGAUCUUGAGGCUGAGAAGACCCAAGUCGAGAAUAUCGUCCCUACCGGCAAUGACGAGGAGGACCAGAGGAAUAAAAAGAGGCUGCUGAUCGAGCUUCAGAGAUUGCAAAGGAAUAAGGAAAGGAGAGAGGCGAGGGAAAGGCAGGGCAAGAAGGGGAGCUUUAGUACUGGUGAUGUCAUGUCGCCGGAGGCCACAACACCUGGCUCCCCGAUGACUAUGAUGCCGGUUCCGGGAAAGACUGCUACCACGAGGAAGUGUGCGAAUUGUGGGCAGGCGGGGCAUAUUCGUACAAACAAAAAACUAUGCCCCAAGCUGAAUGGGACCUGGGCGGAGCUGGGGAUGAGCCCGCCUGCACCCGCAGGCACGCCUACAGGAUCUUAA